GAACAGUGAAGACUCAGACAAUCGAGGAAGUUCAUUAGUGGGCAGAGAGUGGGCAGCAGCAGCAGCAGAGAGGCUUGAGAGAACAAAGUGGGGAUUUCGACAGGAGCAGGUCUCGUAUCUGUGGUAGUGUGACAGAACAGUCCUCUGUAGGCGGAGGAAGCGCAUACGACAAAAUCCCCAGAGCUGAAUAUGAGUCAGGCCAGUGGAGAAAAAGUCACCACGAGCCAUUUUCGGCGGGUUCAGAUUAUUCGCUGGAUAACGGCGCCGAAAUAAUGAGGUGGUCCAGGCGGUGGGGGUCUGUGCAGUGCACCCUUACAUGGAGGUGCCGUUUGUUUGGCGGCACAAGUGUGCAGAAGUGCAGCCGGAGAGAGGUAGACUGACUGACAGGCACUCGGCCAGCAUGGAGGCGGAAGAUAUGCAGAUAAGAAGGAGCAAAAGCGAAAGAGGAGCAAAGUUAAGCGAGCUGUGAAAACAGGGAAACGUUCGCGGAGUAAGGCAGGUUUAUUAGAGGAGAGAAAGAUGGCUGUAGAUUAAAUGCAUCGACGGCAGGAGACCACCUGUUGUGUUGACGCGGCGAACCAGGAAAUAGACCGGGAAAAAAUGAAUAAAAAUGAAUAUUUGAGUGUCACACGACUUGAAGGGAAACCGGGAGAAUAACACUGGGAGUCAGUAGAGAGCGGCCUUCUCGGCAAGCCUCCAUUAACCUCUGCUGAAAUAUUAGAUUCGGUUCAACAAAGACCUCAUCACUACAGCAAAAUCUUCUCCAAACACACUAACAUGGCCGCAGCCAGCAGUCUCCUCUCUGAAGAUCACUUUCUGUGCUCCAUCUGCCUGGACGUGUUCGCUGAGCCAGUCACUGUACCGUGUGGGCACAACUUCUGCAAGAGCUGCAUCACGGAACACUGGGACAUUAGCGUCCGGUGUGAAUGUCCCAUGUGCAAAAAGCAGUUCUGCAGCAGACCUGAGCUGCACGUCAACACCGUCGUAUCUGAGAUGGCUGCAGGUGUGAAGGAGCUCUCCGGCGGCUCGGAGAGGCCGGGAGCCCAACCAGGAGAUGUUCCGUGUGACGUCUGCGCCGAAACCAAACGGGACGCCCUGAAGUCCUGCCUGGUGUGUUUGGCCUCCUACUGUGAGACUCACCUGGAGCCUCAUCGCAGAGUCGCAGGCCUGAGAAGACACAAGCUGAUCGAUCCUGUGGAGAACCUGGAAGGCCGGGUGUGUACGAAGCACGAGAGACCUCUGGAGAUGUUCUGUAAAACUGACCGGAUGUGUGUGUGUCAGGUGUGCGCUGUGACGGAUCACAAGCCUCACCACGUUGUGCCUCUGGAAGAAGAAUAUGGCGGGAGGAUGGCUGAGCUGGGAGCGACAGAGGCUGAGGUUCGGCAGAUGAUCCAGGAGAGGCGACUGAAGAUUGAGCAGAUCGAGCAGUCAGUGAAGCUCAGCAGGGAAGAUGCGGAUAGACGGACAGCGGAGAGUGUUCAGGCCUUCGCUGCUCUGAUCCAGUCUGUUCAGAGGAGUCUGGCUGAGCGCAUUGACACGAUUCAAGAGGAGCAGAAAACUACAGAAGCGCAGGCUGAAGGUUUCGUCAGAGAGCUGGAAGAGGAAAUCCUGAAGCUGACGAAGAGAAGCGCCGAGCUGCAGCAGCUCUCACGCAGCGGAGACCACCUCCAGUUCCUCCGAAGCUUCCCAUCCUUGAACCCUGCUCCACCCACCAAGGACUGGAAGAAAAUCAGAGUCCACUCAUCCUGCGGGCGGACUGCAUGGAAAGCUGCGGCUCAGCUGGAGGAGACACUCAGUAAAGAGCUGAAGAAGCUGUGUGCCGACGCCGAGCUAAAGAGGGUCCGGCGGUACGCCGUGGACGUGACUCUCGACCCCGAUACCGCAAACCCCUAUCUCAUCCUGUCCGAGGACGGGAAAAGAGUCAAGUGCGGCGAUGUCCGGAAGAACGUUCCAGACAACGGCGGGAGAUUUUCCUCCUGCGCAGUCCUGGGGAAGCAGAGUUUCUCUUCGGGGAGAUUUUACUACGAGGUGCAAGUUAAAGGGAAAACUAAAUGGGAUUUGGGGGUGGCAGGAGAGUCAGUCAGCAGGAAGGGAGAGAACACGCUGUGCCCCGAGAAUGGCUACUGGGCCAUAUGGUUAAGAAAUGAAAACGAAUACAGGGCUCUCGCUGGUCCCUCCGUCCGCCUCCUCCUGAAGUCCAAACCCAAGCGGGUGGGGGUGUUUGUGGAUUACGAGGAGGGUCUGGUCUUCUUUUACGAUGUAGAUGCAGCGGAGCCGAUCUUCUCCUUCACCGGCUGCAACUUUACUGGGAAACUCUAUCCGUACUUCAGUCCAUGUCCCAGCGAUGGUGGGAAAAACUCCCGCUCGCUGGUCCUCUCUUGAGGCUGUCAAACACCUUUUGGGGUUUUUUUUUGUUUUUGUUUUUUCCACAGACACUAGAUGGCCCGGCAGAGUCAUUACGCGCCGGACCGAACUCAAAUCUCCAUUCAGAUGUUUACUGUCCCAGCGAAUGCGGAAAAAGAUGCUUGGGAUCAUCUUUAAGUUACUAAAUGUGUAGUAAUUUUGCUGUUUUAGCAUUUUAGACAGUGAAGUUUAUUGUAAGAGCGCCCUGUUGGAGUUUGUGCCCAUUAUAUGUAUAUUAUGUCCUCCCAGGUUGCCAUACAACGUUUGUCCUCUGGGGUAAAAAAUGACCCCCAUCUGGUUUGACUGUUUUGUAAAGCAUAUAGUAUGAAUUGUCGAUUCUGUGUUACACCUUUAGUCUUACUUCAGUCCAUCCCGUUACCACCAGUUCCUCCCUCCGUUUUGGAAUUUGGAACAUUAUUUUCGGACCAUUUGACGACUGAUAAAACAUAUUUUGACGGUGAGAGAUUUAAUGAAAUGUUGGAAUCACAAAUAUUAGAGAGCAAUUUUAUGGAGAGCCCUGAAAAUUCAGUUCUGAAAAAGAAAAUGGCUGAAUGAUGCAGAAAUGUGACUUUAAAUAACUAUUUAUUCACGACUUGAAUGUCGAAAAAUACAAAUGUGGGAUUUCAGUUCAGAUAAAUUGUAAAAAAACCCGGCCUUCACUUCCUAUCUACUCUUCCUUCAUCCUCUGAAUCCCUCCCUACUGCCCUCACCCACCGGCUUUCAUUCAACCAUCUCUCCUCUUCAUCCCUCCCUCCUGCCCUCCUCCGCCCGCUCCUUACUUCCCUCCGGUUCUUCUACCUCAGGUGCUGACCAUCUUCUCCUACCUCCUGGCCUUUUCUCGCUUCCUUUCACCCUCUCUCCUCUCGCUUUCUCCCACCCUCCACAGCAGAGCCAGGGUGUUGAUGGAAAGCUGCCGAGCUAAGUAGGGAAGGGACAGAGUAAGGGGGGGGUUGAUAUCAGAUGUUUUGUCGUUAUCUGAGAUGGACAGGAAGGACUGUUCUGCCCUAUCAACCUUCGUCAACGUCCUUGGCCGAGGAAGAGACACUGGGGAUUGUCUGGCCGGUGGAUUCAGACAGCUGUCUGGAUGGACUCGGGCUGCUCGAGCUCAUUUGGACGCUACUUUCAAAGGCUUGUGGGGAGAUUCAAGAACAGCGGAUGUUAUUCCUGGCUUUCCUAAAAAUAAGAUGUAAAGAUUUCAGAAGUUGUUGUUUUCAUGUUGUUUUUUUUUUUUUGAGUGUCCCAUCUUCCGAAAUGAUCUCUCUCGUCCUUCGUACCGGCCUGUAAUGA